CGUGGAAGACGUCACCGGUGCUUGACGGUCCGUCACGGCUGGGCGCGCCGGGUCAACAACGCCCAACAGAACGUCAUGUUUGGGAAAACCAGAGCCAGCAGGGCCGAAGAGGACCGUGACAGGGGUUACCCACUGGACUGGCCAACAAGCGAGCGCUGGAAUCCACACUACGACGUCCCACGCAACUCGCUCGAAAACGCAAACCUGCCCGGUCCAGCGGAGAAGACCAACACACCGCCGCCAGAAUGUCUCGACGGAGGCUCCAGAAAACAACCGGUCGUGACUUCGAGGGAGUUGGAAAUACAUGGCGAACAUGAUCUGGGAGGGGCCGAAACACGGCGAUCGGUCGAAUCGAGACUGGGAGAGGAGGGGUUGGCAGAUCUAUCGCACUGGCUCGAAACUCUGGGAGAAAUCUACAUGAACCAUCUCGACAACCGCGCUCGAUGGGACCCGCGCUGGCUGAACGUCACCCGCCGCGAACGCUACGAUGGUCUUCGAUCCGCCUCGAUUACGAUCCUCGACUAUGUGGCCGGCGACACGGGCCCACGAACAUCGCUCAUUGCAGGGAAGAGGCACCUGGCUGCCGCGCUGCAGUCCCGACCCGAAAAUUCCGAAGUCAGGGUCAUACUCGUCACCGACCUGAGUCGGUUUGUCAUGGGCGCAUUGGGGCAGCUGUUCGGCAUCGACCCAGAGUUUUGGUUCGAGCAUCUCGCAAACUCGGGCUAUGCGGCGAGCGAUAGCCAACUCAAGGUGGCCAACGCCGUAUGGAUGAACUGGGCAGAACGAGAGACGCGAUUCCGCCACCGGCCUCUUCCUGGCGUUGGCCAGCGCACACAGUGGAAUUCUCCCCGCCGUGCGAAAGGCAGGACGUGGGCGCACCUGCGCUGGGCUCGCCUGGGCUUGCUCCAUUACUUGGGCAAGAAGGGUUUCCAUGAGGAUGAGAUUGAAAGGAGACUCGGAGACGGCCGGUGGAUCGUCGAGCGAGACAUUACUCUGGACAAGAAUGGCUUGUUGAUGACGGAGGCGCGGCUUGCUAAAGCGAAGCGAGCGAGCGAGAAGCGCCGCAAGAAGCAGCAAGACUCGCGCACGACAACUGCGGAGGAAAUGCCGGGAAGAGCCAAAGCCACGAAUGUCUACCGGGCAUAUAGCACAUUUGAAGGCCUGCCCAAGAAUGUAUCGGCCUGGAGGAAUCGAGACCUGAGAGUUGUGGCACCCGAGGGUGCCAGCUACUGGUCAGGGGUGGACGACCAUGGGAAAAGAACAAUUGUAUUGUUGCUUGAUCCCAUUCGGCGCAUGAAGCAUACAAAGACAGGCGAGGUUACGCCGGCGCUUACUUUUCUGCCCAGAGCGUCCGAGAUAGAGUCCUACACAGACGAAGAGCUCUGGCGAGGGCCUUCGCCCGAGGAGACCUUUCUUGACCCGCCACCGCCCCCCUUCUCAAAGGCGGCGUUGAAGCGACAGAAGAAAGAAGCAAUCAAGCAGCGGCUAAAGAACAAAAAGCUGCGGGCUCACCCUGAUGAUCAGGAAAAAGACGCCUACGCUGCUUCCGCUCCCAGAGAGUCCGCGUUGGACGACGAAUCGGUGUCGGCUUACACAAGUGACGAGGAGUACGACGAGGACUAUGUGAAGGAACUACGCGCCGACUAUGCAGACCCGAAACCCCAUUCUCGGGAUCGCGACUUCGCUCGCAAGUACUCUCUGGGAACCGACAGUCUACUACGUCGCCAGAUGAACAAGCUCUCUGCCAAGGAGCUGCUUGACGAUCAAUCACUCAUAGGCUCUAUACUGGCUCGACUGAUCUUGGACGACUUCUUACAGCUCUUGGCCGAGAUUCGCCUGCAACUCGAUCACUUGGACAACGACAUCAGCGCCGAGCUUUAUGGGCAACUUGUCGAGUCGAUUGGCAAUUCGACGAGACAGAACCUCAGCUGGAUGCGAGCCACGCUCCAGGAGCUGCGCGAGUGGGGUGAUCACCUACUGGCUACGGUGCCGGUUCACCAUGACCCGAGCCUCACCGAAGAGCUCACGGAGCUAAGCGUGGACAUCAAGGCGCUCCUGGCUCGUGCGGAGCAGACCCUCAACCUGCUCCUCGCUUCCAUGGGCCUGGCUCAGUCUUCCAUGGUCAUCGACCAGACGUCGGGCAUCAACAAACUCACCGAGCUUGCCUUCUUUUUCGUCCCAAUCUCCUUCAUCACCUCGGUCUUUUCCAUGCAGGUGUUUGAAAUGACAUCCGCGCCACCGCGCAUCUGGACAUGGGGCGUGGCGCUUUCCACAGUGGUAUUGGCUACCUACUUGAUUCGCUCGUCGUUGCGAUCUCCGUCUGUUCGGGUGGCCGUGUUGCACUGCCGGGCGACAAUCAUCAACCGCUUCUCCUCAUCGCAGGCGUCGUCCGCGUCGCGACGCCUGAACACGGUGGGCAACCGCGCCAUUGCCAAGUUUGUCUUUUUCUUUAUUUGCGUUGUGGGCUUCCUCACCACCCUCGUGGUGGUACUUUCCACUUUGCUCAUCCUCUUGUUCGGCGGGGUGUGGUUGGGGGCCAUCGCGACUGCGCUGUAUUUCAUCAUCACUCGUUGGCCGGAGCCCGCGGUGCUGAUACCGUGCUUCCUGAGCCUGCCCUUGGCGGCGCUCGGCAUGUAUGCUACGUGGUAUUGGCAUGACGAAAUCACGGAUUGGGGAGUGGCGGUCGUGGAGAGCUCUGCCUACGUGAUACGGAGGAUAUUCCCUGACAAAUGGACUCUGGAGAAGGCUGACGACGAGGACUUGGCGAAAGAAGGUGUGAACACGUAUGCCAGACAAGCUCUUAUUCUAGCUACAUAAGAGGGCUACAUCUUGAUUAAAUACAAUAAAUAUCAUGACCC